AUGGUCCACGAGCGCAAGUUGCGUGUCCACGGCAUCUUCACCGACUUCGACCCCCUUCGCCGGGGGUUCUGCUCCAUGUCGCACGUCAGGACAGUCUGCACCUACCUGAACGUCCUCCUGGAGGAGCGAGAGUUCGAAUCCUUGAAGCGGCUCUAUUGCGUCUCCAACUGGGACAAGGAUGAUUUCAACUACCGCAGCUUCAGCAAUGACGUGAACGAGUUGCCCCUGUACCCGAACGCAAGCACGGCGCUGUCGACCCCCGAGGACUUCGCAGACUCCCCGGCCGGCGGGCGGCCGCCCCCGCGGCCGCAUUCCGGUGUUUCCCGGCCCAGGCCCCUCUCGGCGCGGGCCGGGCACGCCCUGGGGCGGCCAGCCGACCCCGAGGAGCUGAAGGUGAUCCUCGGGAAGAUCUGCAAGCACAUUCGCGAGAGGCGCCACGAGCUCGUCCCUUUCUUCCGGGACGCCUUCCGGGAAUUCGACAAGCCCAACCGCGGGCUCAUGACGCUGACCCAGUUCCAGCGCGUCAUGAACGUCCAGGCCCUGCCGCUGGUCGACGUGGAGCUGCGGAUCCUCUGCCAGGCCUUCGGGGGCCCGUCGCCGCAGUCCCUCUUCAGGUGCCACGAUUUCGUGGAGGCGCUGGAGAAGGUCUUGGACGAGCAGUCGGAGGAGCAGCUGAAGCAGCGCCAGAGCUGGGGCGCCGCGCCGAGUGCGCUUUUCGGAAGCCCGACGGCGGUGCCACCGGAGCGCUGGUGCAGCCGUAGGCUGUACUUGGUGCGAUCUGCCACGAGCGACCGGCAGCGGCUCCCUUACGGGCACCGCGGGCGGUCGAAGAACUGGUACGACAGGCACUACAGCUACCAAUCGUUCGUGCUGGACGCAUUGCGGAGCCGCCCAGAGGAAGAGGUAGGCCGCGAGCGCACCCUUUCUUAUGCCAUCCAUUGCGUCAGGGGCGACGCAACCAACUCGGCCGUGGGAUUCCAUUGCAGUAAGGCGCAUUCCUGCGACGUGUUCACUCUGUUCCGCCAUCCAGGGCUUCCUGCUGGUUGUUCAAAAGAUGAUCCCCAGGGCCGCGUGACCGAUCCCCCGGAGGGAGACAGGACCUGGAUCGAGCUGUCCGAAUCUGGCGAGUAUUCGUUCAUGCCAGAGCCGGGCGCCAAGGCCAUGGCGAAGCUCAAGGGCAAGCCCAAAAAGCUCGAAGGCGAACAGGAACGAGAGGAGCCAAACACUGACACGGAGACCGCCUUGGUGGAGGUCGCAACUGAUAGCUUGAGCUUGCUGGAUACGGACGACGCCUAUCAGGAGCGGCUGUCGAAGUGGGUUAAGAGCGCAGAUGCAGCAUUGCACUCGGCUGGGUUUUGGCAGGAUUUGGUCAUAAAGCACGUUAGCCGCGGCCCGAUCACCAUCAUGCAUUUCUGGAUGCAGAAGCAGGCCGAGAAAUCAAAGCGAGCAGGGGCUGGCGUCAUGUUUGAUUUGGUGCAUUCGCAAGUCGAUAAAGUUCUUCGUGAUUUCGAUGUACUCGUCCAGGCAAACCCAUCGGAUAUUUGGCACGAUCUUUUCGACAUUCCUGGCGGCGAUUCGCCAGGGUGCGUGCGCUUGGCUGUUUGUCACGUGCUCCAGACGGCCGUGGACUUCUUCCGCCGCUUUGCAGUCCUAGUCCGUAACUAUCCUCAGUAUUUGCUUUGGCUCGUGUACUCGCCGCACGACAGGGGUUGCCCAUGUCGGCGGGACGUCGCCAGGGACCUGCUCGAGUCCUCCGAGAAAGACAUAUUGGAUGCCACCGCCGUGAAAUUCAGGACAAUCUUCCAGCCCGAACUCCGCGUGGCCAUGGCCACCGGGCGUUGGCCGAAGUACGUGCACGAUCUCGUCCAGGACAUCGGGGGCGCGUGGCAGGUCGACACGCAGGAAAUCGAAGGCUUGAAUAAUACAGUGAAGACGAUCGGCAAGAGGGCCCCAUCCAUAGGCUGGGAACUAAUGUCGGCACGAGUCGUUACCAAGAAAGAUCUCGCCCAGCAUUGCCACACGAAGCCCGACAGAGAGGCCUACGUCAAGGCGUGCGCAGACUUCCAUGAUGACGUUUUGGAUGCAGGCCCGAAUCUUUGGCAUUCGAGCGAGGCGCGCUUUGCAGAAGUGACCGUCGACUCGUUCACUCGGCCGCCCCCGCCGAGUCCAGCGCCCCUCGACGUGAACUCUGCGAUCGACAAGUGUUGCGCCAAGUUCAUGCUGCAGCUUCGCCGGUCUCUUCGGAACAAGGGCAUCGACAUCCAAGACCCCACCUGCGGGUACGCGAUCCAGUUCGAGGUGUUCGAGGACUAUUCCGACGGAGGUUCGAGGGUCCUGGAGUCCAGAGAGUUUAUCAUUGCACACGUUCACGCCACCAGGAAAUGGAUUGUGAACGCCUCCAUUCAACACGGUGGUGAAGGAUCUCGGUAUGGCGACAUUGGAUUGGUUGUGCCCCUCUCGAUCGACAAGCUCGUCAAUGUCGUGAGACGCACGCACGCUGCUGCCAUGGUGCACAACGACGACGACGACCGCGGUGAUGACCACCCGACCAAGGUCGGCAACGUGUCCGUGAAGGUCGCGUCGCUCGGUGCCCGGCACGCGGCUACCGCCGCCGUGGACGUCGUGGAGAACCUCGAGCCCCGCCCCGUCGACGACCUGUUCGACAGCGACGCCGAGAGUGACUCGUUAGAGGAAAUCCAGGAAGCGAUGGCAGAGAUGGACGAGAGAGGCGACGACCUCGCCAGUCCAGAUGCCCCAGGAGAGGAGCACGAUGUCCACCCUUUGUGGGGCUUACUUGAGGACCACAAGGAAGCUGACAUUGCAGAGAAGCGCUUGCACGUGGCGGUCAAAGAGAAUGAGUCUGGACUCCUGGGCCAGGUUUUGGAAUACGUCCAGUUCGUCGAAGGGCACUGGGCGAUCAAGGCGGAGCUUGAGAUGCUCGCGGGGGCAGGGGGCGACGUGCCGCUAGGCCAUGUGCACCGUGGGGUCUGUGACCCCACGGGGUCAGCUGUCCCGCUGGUCCUGCUGGUCCUGGGCGCGGACAGAAUGCAGGACGCAAUGGCAUGGUGCCCCUCAGCCCUGAAGAGGAUCUCUAAUCACCAGACGGCUGACGUGGCCAACCGCGACCUCUCGAAACGCUUGGUUGAUCGACGGCUGAAAAUGAGCACGGCCUUUUCAGGGAUUGGUGCCCCAGAGAAUGCUGCAUUCAUGAUCCAGAAGUCCGUUCGCAAGUACUUGGAGCUCAACCACCCAGGCACUGAGGGUCGGGCCAUUCAGUUCGCCCCGCAGUAUGCCAUCGAAUGCAAUAGCAAAGCGCAGGCAGAAUUGUCGAUGCUUCCAGAACCCCCUGCCCACAUCUUCGAAGACAUCAGCGAUUUUGUCCCCGACAAUCUCCGCACCGCUUUUGGCCUAAAUGGAACGCCGCAGCUUCCAAUGAGUAAGCUGAAGAAUAUGUUGAUGAAGUGCGACGUCAAGCUGGAGGCGCGGUGCGUCAUCCAUGGUGAGCACUGCGCCAUGGAGCGCUCCCACAUCCACAUCGCUGGCACGCACUGCACGAUGCACUCGCAAUUCGGCCUCAGGAAGAAGGAUAGUGGCAAGGAGAUGAAGUUCUUUUGGGUGUGGGUGGCAAUGAGAAGAAAAUUAAAGGCAGCUGGGCACGACCACUCGCAGUCUGGGGCCCUGGACAACUUCCUCAACUGGCAGGAGACCUUCCGGCAGAUCUUCCGGAGGCAGUGCGCCUUUUUCCUGGAUGCCUACCUGAUCGCAUCCAAGUAUGAGAUUGCCAAGGAGAAGGCCUGGGCCGAGUCUCGGCCUGGCGUGAGAUCGCGCUGGUCAGAACCAGCCAGUCGAAACGACCCAGAGUAUACGAACUUUCACUCUUGCAAGAGGUUCCUCACCAAGGUGGAGCGCGAGAACCUGGACUGGGGCAUCAGGCACUGUCCAGGCGACGUCCUGGACUUGAACCAGACGCCUUCUCAAAGGCUCCUCCGAGGCCGCGGGGGCAUCAUUCCGUCGUUGAUCGCUGGCACUGGCUUCCUGUACAUCGUUCCCAGCCCGUCGGCGGAUUCCGAUGAAUCUCUCGCGCCUCUCGAGCCGCCAGGAGGCCCUCGCGAUGAGCAUGAGCCCCCCUCGACCAGCCCGAAGGACUUCGCGAGCUGGGUCGCCAGCACGCGGCUCCCAGAUCGCUGGUUCACGUGCAGUGAGCUUCUGACCUCGAUGGGGUACCCUAUUUGCUCUCGCAGCCAGCUUGCGAGCACGGGCAGCUUGGGGGCGUCGAGUGCGCAGCAUGACUGGCACACUGCCGCCCGCUGCCAGUUUUCACAUGGCGUGCAAGCAAGCCCGCAGUGCAGGACUGUCAAGUCAAUCAGGCAUGCUGCUGGCAAUACGAUCCAUUUGAACCACGUCGGCGGCCACAUCCUCAUGGCCAUUGUAGCUUUCCCUAGCCUGGGGGCCUCUAUUGGACCAGCGUCUGCCCGCUCGCGAAUCAACGCGAAGAGAGUAACGGCCGAACGUUUUGGUAGCCUGUUCUCCCCCGACCCUCUGGAGCCCCAGGAAUCCAUCCGGACAGGUUGCGCUGAUGCUGAUGCUGACGCUGGAAGCGUCAACCUGGCAGAGCUCGAUCCAUUCGAGGAGUUGCCGCCGGAGGCCGCUGGCAGCGGCUUCAAGUCUCGCUACCCUGACAAGUCUGGGAGGAUUCUCCAAGAUCAGGCCAGAGCGAACUACGUGCUCUCUGAGAAUAUCACGGUUGCUUUCUUUACCAAGGGCGCUCGGAACGAGAUCAUUGCCGUCCCCGAGACCAGCGACCCCAUUGAGAUAACUAACCUGCUGGGGUCGCUUACGACCCGCGGGGGUCCAGGACCCAUCGAGCUCCCCUGCGCGUUCGUUGCUGGCGCGCACCUGAUGGAGGCUGCAUACGCUGCUUGGGAGGAGCAACCGAGCAACCCUCAAGUUGCUUUCUCAAUCGAUGCGGGGAUGCCAGGAGUCACUCUGCUCAGGCCCAAGACGCCCAGCGAUGCGCUCGAUUUUUUCGGGUCGGGAGGCAACGCCAUGAACGGGUUCGCAUCUGGCAUCUCGUUCUUGGACGCGCUGACGCAGUGCGACGUCAUUAGCAAGGGGUGGGCGAACUCCAGGAAGGCCGACAAGAGCGGCAAGACCGACAAGACCGAUAAAAAGCCAGCCUCCUCCUCCGACCGCUUCAAAGGUUAUGAAACUGAUUAUUGGAACUUUAUCAAAACCGUGCAUACUGAUUACGUCGAGGCGUACGGCGGGUUUGAUGGUUUCAAGGCGGGCAGGGCGUUCGCUAACCACUUAGCGAACGCGAAGCUGUGGAACCAAUUUUCCGAAGAGAUGAACAGGUGCGCCGACUUCGUGGCCAUGAACCCCUCCGCUGGAACGUUCAGCUCUCACGACAUGCUGUUGUGCCUGGAACAGAUUUGGACUCUAUUCGCCCGCCGGCCGUUGACGAAAUCCCACAUGGUAUGCUUGAUUGAACUGUGCAAGUUCACGUGCCCCUGCGACGCGGAUGAGCGCGGCGCAGAGUUUGCCAUUCAGACCCUCUCAGAUGGCACGCACUUGAAACUCGUCUUUGCCCCCCAGGGGCAGACCCUUGCCACGUCCCAGGACGAGCUUGAUUUCAACCAAGGGACCGUUGCGAGCCUGUUUAUUGUCGAAUCAGAGGCCCCAGCAAAGAAGAGGCGCAGGAUAUCGGGAGUCAAAGGGUCUGAAUACUUUGAACUUACUUUGAACGCCAGUGAGAGUGACGCCAUGGAGGGGGCGACCGUGAAAGUGACACUCUGCAGGACCGCCAAGCUCAAAGCCGCGCAACAGUUUUUGGAGCAAGCUCAGAAAGUGAUGGAGAUUGCAGCUUUCAAGAACAGCUUUUUCUCUAUGGACUUCCUCCUGAAGGACAAGGGCGAGUGGGAGGCGCUGUACAAGAAAUUCAUGGCUCUGACUCUGGAGGCCCUCACCCGCAUUCACCUUGACGAGUUGCGCAUGACGGAAGCCGCCGACAAGCAGCAGUGGGACAGUGCGGUUCAACAGGUGAAGGGCCACGUCGACGCGUUGUGCUCAUCAACCCGGAAGGCCGUGGACGCGGCUCUGGGGGCUCAGUGUCAGGCGCUCAAGAAGGUCCGCAUUGCGCUACUGAUAACAACCCUGGCCCUCUUCCUUUUCCUUCCUUUGAAGGUUGGCUCCAAGAACUACGUUGUCCUCCGCGCGACGAUGUCUCGCAUCGACUGCCCCUUCACCCAGGCGGAGCGGAUUGCUGGUUAUGCGACGGCGGAAUUGAUCCGCUUGCACGAACUCGACAGCACUGGUGGAGUGGGCAUUCUCGAGGCCAUGCCGCAUGGGAAUGGGAACCCUGGGAACAAGGAUGCUCCGCCCCGUGGCUUGUUUGUGCAGCUCGGCAACAAUGAAGACGUUGAGAAGGUCGCCAGCUCGUUGACAUGGACGUUGGUCGGCAGAGUGGUGUUGACUCCUGGCCAGCCGAUCACUGGCAAGAUUGGUUGUUACAAGGCUGGGUUGGUUAGCGUUUGUGGCAUGGACUUCCACGUGAACGUCAAGCGCCCCGAGUUUGGUCCUGGCCACGACUCUGCCACUAUGAGUGUUGGGUGGUGGGUUCGCACGUUGAAGGCCAACGGCGGCCUGAAGCGCCCCACCAUGACGUCCGACAUUUGCCAGCAGGAGAUCCUCGUCCCUGGCGGCAAGGUCGGCGACCCGCAGGUCGUCCUGCGCCUGAGCCUCAAGCGGCUGCGCUUGGACCCGAGCGCCUUCACCGAGCAGCUGGAGGGGUUCGACAACAAAAAGAACCCCCUUCACCAGCUGGGCUACCACGACGGGGGCACGGAGGUUACGAAGGAGGGCGAGAAGGACCGCGAGAAGGACGAGGAGGGCGGGGCUGGGGAGGCCCCCCAGGGGGCCCAGAGCCUGGGCUACGCCUUCGAGCUCACGAGGGCCAUCUUCCCAGAGGAGAUCAAGCCAGCCCCAUCGCAGCCUCAGGGGGGCGGCGGUGACGUCACCGAGUUUGCUGACGCCGACUUGUGGGGAACUAGGGAUGCCAUGAUGAAGAUGUGCAAGCACGUUUUCUGGGCGUCGUAA